AUCGAAUUAGCUGCUGCGAUUACUUAAGGUUAUGGUUAUGAUUGUAAUACGGUUAAAGAGGUUAUAACCGGUCUGAAAUGUUUUUUAAACAAAUUGUAAGCUUAUCUACAUCGUAUAAUCCAUGUCAGAUCUUAUCGGGUAUAUCGAGAAAAGCUGCCACGGUAUAUCCUAAAGUGAUUCAAUAUCAGGAUACUCGAGCAUUUGGUGGCACCGCAACCACAGGAAAAUGGGAUUUAUACAGUGCUGUCUGUUUAGAACGCCAUCCAGUUAUAACGCAACCAAUGCAAGAAAUAGAACUAAAGUAUUAUAAUUUAUUAAAGAAAAUUGAAUAUGAAAAUAGUUUAAAAUGUGAUCAUGAAUUAAGAGUGGAAAAAGAGGAAAAACAGAAAAAAUCAAGCAGUAAUCAGGAUAAUGAAGAUAAUGUAGAUAAUAUUUUAAUACAAACUGCACAGGAUUUUGAAGAUAAUUGUCAAGAAGAAUUGAAUAAUUUUAAAUUCGCACCAAGAAUUACAAAAUUUGAUGAACAAAACAUAACAUCAUCUUUAGAACGGAAAUUGGACAAAAAUUUACUUUUAUUGAUACAACAAAAAGUAGGUAAUACAUAUUAUUGGAUACCUCCCCAAGGUAUUCGAAAGGAAGGAGAGACCAUGAGACAAACUGCAGAAAGAGUAUUACUAGAUACAUGUGGUACAGAAAUAAAGGCGAAGUUUUAUGGCAACGCACCUAUUGGAUUUUAUAAAUAUAAAUAUCCAAAAAAACUUCAGGAACAAGGAACUUAUGGCGCUAAAAUAUUUUAUUUUUUGGCAAAACAUUUAGAUGGAAAUGUUACUAGUGAUAUAAAAUAUCAAUGGUUAGAUGAUACAGAAUUUAAAAACGUUUUACCCCAUGGAAUACAAAAAAGUAUUUCACAAUUUAUGUUGUUUACUUAAAUAAUAAAUAAUAUAAAAUAUCAGAA